GCGGGGUGCAGUAGCUUGCGGACGCAGCUCCCGCAAUGACCGCGAGACAAACACAGCCCGGGUCAGCUCAGACGCUGCGCGCCGAGUUUGCGGCUAGCGAGAUAGGAAAGGGCCGCCCGGUACCCGGCGGCGGCAGCAGGGAGCGCGGCAGCCCGCGUGCGGGAGCCGCGGGGCGGAGGCGCGUUGAGAUGAGCGCAGUGACAUGGCACCCCCCGCUACCCCGCGGCGGGGAGGGACGGGCGGGCCGGCUGCCGGAUGGUGCACGGGAGGGCGGCGAGCCCCUCGGAGGGCCGGCACCGAGCGCCGGGCCAGCCGGCUCCUGCUCCGCCUGGGGACACCGCCGCGGCGGCGGCGGACCGCGGACGCUGGGGGUCUUUAGCCCCCGCGGCGUAUCCUGUCCCUUCUCCUCGCACCUUUGCCCGGCUCCGUCUCCGCAGGCCCCUGUCUGCAAUGCCGCCCAACUUUCCAAACUCAUUAGGCUUUACGUCCAGUUGGUGGUGACUUCACCGCGGAGCAGAAGCGGACCUGGUGGCAAAGUUUGGGGCAGCAUCGCCUUCAGCAAACGGAAUCGCUGGUCAGAUAAAACCCCGUUUGCCUAAUUGCACUGGGCAAAUUAGGUUCAAAUCUCAGUCGGCUGUUUGAGAUAGGCUCUUGUCACUCUUAUCCACAGAAAAGCAAUAUUCACAAUACAGUGUGUAAAAAGACGGGGUGUUUUUUAUAGGUGCAGUUGCGUUUAAGCCAGACUGAAAGGUCUGUACUGCAUGUGUGCUUGAAUCCCAAUUAUGCACAUGUAAUAAUUUGUGAGUAAAACUGGACUUUGAAGAUACUUGAUUAUAUUUUCCUGUAAAUAGCCAACUUCUACAACCCUUUGAGUAGCAGGGGAGUUUAUUAAGGCAGAGACCAUUAUUUUUUUUGACAGAUUAGGAUACUGAAAAUAGGAACAGCAUGCAUGAUAAAACCAAAACACCGAAUUCAAACAACAGUGAUAAAUAUAUGUAUUGUUUAUUCUAAUACAUGUUUUUGGUCUUGCAGACUUUUCCCCUACAAACAUCUCAUUGGGCUACUGACCUACUUUGGAAGUUCCACAUUUGACAGUGAAUAAAUGUCUUCUAAAUUCUACUGUACUUCUUAAACCACGGGUGUUCAAAGCAUGGUCAGAGCAAAACAAAGCUCCAGCAAUUGCUCUCAGCUCAGAUCCCUACUGAGACUGAAAGGAGCAUCAACGUGGAGCAACGUGAAGUUUUUGGGGACUGUGGCAGCUCCAUUGGAAUCCUGCACGAGAACUCUGCACUACCAGUAACCGUGGGAGAGCACAGAUCUCCGGCUGCGCUCAUCUUCCAACAGGUUUUCUUCAGGUUUGGUGUACAGUGUGGAAAUGUGAUAAAGGCCGAUCUGAGACACGCUGAGAUGUCAAAGCACCGUGCCCGGCCCUGGCGGCACGUCGCCGGCACCUUUCUCAACACUGGGGUUUAUUUAACAUUC